UUGAUGUAGUACUUCUGUGAGAUAAUGGCCAGAACCAAGCAAACCGCCCGUAAGUCCACUGGAGGUAAAGCCCCGAGGAAGCAGCUGGCUACUAAAGCCGCUCGUAAAAGCGCACCCGCUACCGGUGGCGUUAAGAAGCCUCAUCGUUACAGGCCCGGAACCGUAGCUUUGAGAGAGAUUCGCCGCUAUCAGAAGUCCACCAUCAUGCCCAAAGACAUCCAGCUGGCCCGCCGCAUCCGCGGAGAGCGCGCUUGAACCUCUGAUUACAUCAGCCGUACAAACCCCAAAGGCUCUUUUAAGAGCCGCUUUAAUAUCACCAUGAAAGAUUAUUUCCAUUGGUUUACGGUACAUGUAUAAAGUGUUUAUUAACUCACUUGGGUGUGUUUAAGUCAAGAUCGUUACAGUUUAAUUUGGCUUUAAUUGCGUCAAUCUGUACUAAAACAAUGUAAUCGAUAUGCAAUGCGUAUAAUGAGGGGAAAUGUUCUACAGCUAUAAAAUGAAAUCAAAGAAACCAGCUAGUUCAUAGUUUAGCAGAGAAGUACAGGCUGUAUGUAUUCAGUCUACACUCACUGCUUUUAUAUGGAGAACAUCUUGCCUGGCACUGCUGGAGAAGCCCCUGGCCUGUGGAAGCUGUCCUUAAGCAUUCCUCUUCUGCUAUCUUAUCACAUUCCUUACUACAAAUAAAAAAAAGCCUUUGAA